UGGUUUACCUAACAAUGAGACAAUGGGACCAACAGACAACCUUUAGACUUGGUGAAAGAUUAUGACAUAUUUUUUUAGAUUCAACGUUGGUGAAUGAGAGAGGGAUUGCUGUUGAUAUUACGAGUCUGUGGACAAGAAGUCUGUGUGGACCAAGUGGAAGACGAAGAUGAAUUUCGAACACCUACUCUCGGUUGUCAAUGGAUUUGGACGGUUCCAGAUGAUGAUCAUUAUCAUCAGCUUUAUUGGUCGAUUCACCCUGCCAUGUCACUUCCUGCUGAACAACUUCAUAGCAGCCAUGCCCUCUCACCACUGUGACCUCAGCGCUCUGGAUGAUGGCAACAUCUUUGGGAAUCUGACCCAGGAGCAGAGACUGACUGUCAGCGUUCCAGUACAGGAAGAUGGAACUCCAAGCUCCUGUAAGAUGUUCCCAGAGCCCCAGUUCCAGCUCCUUUCCAACUCCAAUGACCGUGACCUAGUUACAGUCCCCUGUCAGAAUGGAUGGGUAUAUGACAACAGCACCUUCAAAUCCACUCUGGCUACAGAGUGGGACUUGGUGUGUGACCAGAAAGGGCAAAAUAAGGUGACAACAACCAUCUUCUUCAUAGGAGUGAUGUUCGGAGCUAUGACCUUUGGAAGCCUGAGUGACAGGUUUGGUAGGAAGCCCAUGCUCCUGGUGUCCUAUAUCUCUGGCAUGCUGUUUGGUUUUGCCAGUGCUUUCUCCACUUCCUUCAUCAUGUUCGCUGUGCUCAGGUUCUUCACUGGGUUCGGUAUCACCGGCAUCGUCAUCGUCUCAUCAGUACUCAGUGUGGAGUGGGUGGACAUUGAGCACAGAAAGCUGGUGGGAGUGAUUGACAGCCUGUCCUGGACGUUUGGUUACUGCAUGAUUCCAGCCAUAGCCUACUGUGUGACCGACUGGAGACAGCUAACCAUAGCGGUCACCUCACCUCUUGCUCUAGCCAUACUCACCUGGAGGUGGAUUCCUGAGUCAGCCAGGUGGCUCAUAGCCAAUGGGAGGUUUGAGAAAGCUAACUUUUAUUUGCAACAAUGUGCCCAGAUGAACCAGAAGGAGGAGUUUGGAUUCAAAAUUACACCAGAGACUCUGUCCAGUAUCAUUGUGACAGAGAGAAAAGACAGAACUCACUCCUACCUGGACUUGGUCAGGACACCAAAGAUGAGGAGGCUGGCUCUACUAACAGGCAUAGUGUGGUAUGGUGUGGCGUCAACAUUUUAUGGCAUUAGCUUCAACAUCACUGGAUUUGGACUCAACAUCUAUCUGACCCAGUUCGUGUACGGUGCCAUAGAGCUGCCAGCCAAACUAUCAGCAUACUACCUUCUGGAUAAGGUGGGCAGGAGAAACACAGAAGUGGGAUCUUUACUAGGAGCUGGAAUCUGUCUCGCUAUCAACAUCUUCAUACCCAGAGACAUGUCUGUUUUAAGGACGGUGGUGGCGGUGCUGGGGAAGGGUUGCUCGGCAACAUCCUUCACAACCGUUGUGUUGUACAGCUCUGAGCUGUUCCCUACUGUGGUCAGGCAGAACGGCAUGGGCUACAACUCAUCCAUGGGUCGUCUGGGAGUGUCUCUGGCCCCUCUGAUACUGCUGCUGGACGAGGUGUGGAGGGACCUUCCACAGGUCCUCCUCUGCUCCAUAGCCCUGCUGGCUAGCCUCGUGGCCAGGAUGCUGCCGGAGACACGGGACCGCUGUCUACCAGAGACCAUCCAGGACGUCGAGGACGGGCAGACAGGGAAAAGUUUGGCUGGAUCCCAAGUUGUGGAAACGACAGAUAUUCCUCUCAAAUCAAAGGACAAUGAUGAGGUGGAAAAUGGAUACUAAGAUUCUUUCUGCAUAUAUUUUUGAUAUGCCCAAAUGUGCACCCUGUGGAAUGCUUUUGACACCUUGUAGAGUCCAUGCCCGAUGAAUUCAGGCUGUUCUGAGGGCAAAAGGGGUGUAACUCAAUAUUAGGAAGGUGUUCUUUAAUGUUUUGUGCACUCAGUGUGUUUGUUACAUAUCAAAAACAACCUUCAAACCUUGCACUGAUCUUAUAAAAAAAGAUAAACGAAAUACAAGAGAACAAAAGAGAAAGCCUGAAGUGUGAAGCAUAAUUCAAGUGUUAUUCGUCACAUACAAAUGAUAAUUUACACUUAAUUCCAAUAUUACAUUAUCUUAUUUAGAAAAGACUCCUUUUCUGUUUCAUAUCAAUGAGGAACAAGAUAUUAUCUUUGAUAAUGUAUCAUAACUCUUUAUGCAUUAUUCUUCACCAUAACCAUUGGCAAAUGCAUGCAAUCAAUCUUUAUUAUUGAAUAUGAGCCUAUUGUUGUAUACACAUUUUAUACAGUUCCAGUCAAGAGUUUGAACACACCUACUCAUUCAACGGUGUUUCUUUAUUUUUACUAUUUUCUACAUUGUAGAAUAGUGAAGACACCAGAACUAUGAAAUAACACAUAUGGAAUCAUGUAUU